AUGGCUCCUGCUGGCGUGGCCCUGAAGGCCACAGUCCUGUGCCUCCUGGCCUGGGCUGGCCUGGCCACUGGAGACCGGGUGUACGUACACCCCUUCCACCUCCUCUUCUACCCGAAGAGCACCUGCAUCCAGCUGGAGAAACCCGACCUGGAGACACCCAAAGAGCCGACCUUCACGCCUGUGCCGAUUCAGGCCAAGUCAGCCCCAGUGGACGAGGAGGCCCUGCGUGCCCAGCUGGUGCUGGUGGCCGAGAAACUGGAGGCUGAAGACAGACUGAGGGCCACAGAGGUGGGGAUGAUGGCCAACUUCAUGGGCUUCCGCAUGUACAAGAUGCUGAGUGAGGCGUGGGUCGCCGCCGGUGCAGCUGUCCUCUCCCCAACGGCUCUCUUUGGCACGCUGGCCUCCUUCUACCUGGGAGCCCUGGACCCCACGGCCAGACAGCUACAGUCAUUCCUGGGUGCACCUGGGGAAGACCAGGGCUGUACCUCCCGGCUGGAUGGGCAUAGGGUCCUCUCUGCCCUGCAGGCCACCCAGGGCCUUCUGGUGGCCCAGGGUGAGGCCGGCGGCCGGGCCCCACUGCUGCUGUCCACAGUGGUGGGCCUGUUCACAGCCCCUGGUCUGCGCUUGAAACAGUCCUUUGUGCAGGGCCUGGCCACCUUUGCCCCCGUGGUCCUCCCGCGCUCUCUGGACUUGUCCUCAGACCCAGAGCUCGCUGCUGAGAAGAUUGGCAGGUUUUUGCAGGCUGUGACAGGGUGGACAACAGGCAGGCCUCUGUCAGGGGCCCGAGCAGAUAGCACUCUGCUUUUCAGCACCUCUGUCCACUUCCACGGGAAGAUGAAGGGCUUCUCGCUGCUGCCCGGGUCCCAGGAGUUCUGGGUGGACAACAGCACCUCAGUGUCCGUCCCCAUGCUCUCGGGCACUGGUACCUUUCAGCACUGGGCUGACGUGCAGAACAACUUCUCCGUGACCCGCGUGCCCCUGGGCGAAAGCUCAUGCCUGCUGCUGAUCCAGCCGCACUGUGCCUCUGAUCUGGACAGGGUCUCAGCCCUUGUCUUCCACCAUGACUUCCUGGCCCGGAUGAAGAACCUGUCUCCCCGGGCCAUCCACCUGACCAUGCCCCAGCUGGAGUUGCGAGGCUCCUACGACCUGCAGGACUUGCUGGCUCGGGCCAAGCUGCCCACCCUGCUGGGCGCAGAGGCGAACCUGGGCAAGAUCAGUGAUGGCGACCUCAGAGUGGGAGAGGUGGUGAACAGCCUUCUUUUUGAACUCAAAGCGGAUGAGGAAGAGCAGCCUGCAGAGUCUGCCCAGCAGCCCAGCAUGUCUGAGGCCCUGGAGGUGACGCUGAGCAGCCCGUUCCUGUUCGCCAUCUACGAGAAGGACUCGGGUGCCCUGCACUUCCUGGGCCGUGUGGACAACCCCCUGAAUGUAGUGUGA